AUGUCGUCCCCAAAGUUCCCCUGGACCGACUCCAACCCCGUCAUCAUAAUGGGGGCCGGUUUCGCAGGGCUAGCUCUUGCCCAAGGUCUGCACGUCCGAAAAAUCCCUUUCCUCGUCUUCGAGCAAGACGAGCUCUCAACACGGCCUUACGGACACAGAUUCAGACUCGAUGAGGCGGGCAUCGACGCCUUGCUGGAGACAAUAUCGCCUGAGCUAGGCGAUCUGUUUGAGAAGACUUUUCCGAGGUUGAUCAGCAAGGCUCCCAAGAUUCGUGAUGCGAGGACGUUAGAGGAGAUGCCGCUGCCGUCAAGGCCGGAGCCGACUGGGAAAGGACCGUUGCCGAUUGAUCGGACAUGGAUCUUGCAGCUCCUGGCACUUGGGAUCGAGGACAAGAUUCACCGCGGGAAGACCUUUCUUUCUUACGAGAUACUCCCAUCAGGGGUCCGGGUCCACUUUUCCGACAGCAUCUCCGUGACAGGCUGUCUGCUCGUGGGAGCAGACGGGGUCCGGAGCAAAGUACGUCGUCAACUCCAGCCAGACCGUAAACUCCUCGAUAUGGAGCGCCAGAUUAUUUGGGGACGGACUUGGAUCACACCCAGAUUCGCUGAGGAAUAUAGUCCGGAAGCCAACACGUGGCUCGUUGCCUUAGAUCAAGAAUCUCGAAAGAACAACGUCGUUCUCGAGCCGAUUCUGUGGCGAGAUAACAUGAGCAAAUUGUCGGGCGGCAGGCUACCCGAUACAGAGGACUAUCUCUACUGGGCAUUUGCAACGGAAGCACCAGAGAGUAAUGCCCCUCGAACACCAGACGAACUGAAAGCGUAUAUAUCCGAGCACACAAAAGGCUGGCAUCUAAAGUUCCUCCCACUCUUCGAAUACGCAGAUUGGAACCUGGCAGUCGGCACCAGGAUAUACUCCAGCAAGCCAGAUAUCGGCGACGUCUCCAACGGCAAGGGCUCUGUGAUCCUCAUAGGUGACUCCGCGAACCCCAUGACACCUCAAGGCGGUCUUGGUGGCAGUACGGCUGUUCAGACUGCUGCUGAUCUCUGUCGGACUCUCGAGAAAGACGGAUGGAGUGAGGAGAAUAUGGCGGCUUUCCAUGAGAGGGUGAAGGUGCUCGCCAAGAGGUCGAUUGAGAUAUCCUUCGCCACGAACAAGAUAAUGACCGCUGGUAAGGAUUGGCAGGAGUUUGCAGAGGUCGAACGUUAG